CUUGUGCAGACUCCACACUCACAGAAACGUUCGGCCGAUCCAUCGAUUAAUUUCUCUGUCAGCACGUUUGCGCCCGCCCACCAUCGACAGGACAUCACUUUAUCCCAACGGGAUUCAUUGAUUAAUCAUCAACCACCGUCCCAUCCGGCCUCUCUUUCGUCGAGCCUGCCUCUGGAAUAUUCAGAACCAUCAGAGCGUGAAUGCUGCUGUCUUAAUCGCUGUGGGAAUCUAGAAUAUCUGGGGUCAAGCGCAAGCUUUGAAUUGUGCAAUUCUUUUGAUUUCUCUUUGCUAUUCUUGUUCCGCCACGCCCAAAGCCAACGACAUUUCAUCGGUAUCUUGCUCGGCUUGCGCUCUCGAACGAGACCAGACUCCAGCCCCAAGGCUCGAUCCGGUUCUUGCUGACUCAGAACGCGCAAUAUUACAAAGAUGCAAAGUACCAACAACGCUAACAGCAAUGGUGAGUGACCAUCCCAAGAUGUCCAAGACAUGAUAUGAUUGAUGUAGGGAAUAGGUUUGACUGCCGCCCAUACAGAAUCAAGUUUUUUUUUUUUUGUGUUUUUUUCCCUCUCUCUUUCUCUUCUCUCUCCCUGCCUCUCUUCUUCCUGUACCAACUGUCCCUCAAUGUCCUUGUACUUCCUUAUCAUGCUGUUUUCCCGCCCACGCACUGCUCAUGUGUGGGUGUGUGGUUGUGGACCGAGAACCUACCUGAUUGAUUAUGUCGGCAAGCAAGCCGCACGUCCAUCCCCCGCCUGUCAGAGGUUGAAAAUGGAUGGUCUUGCGUGUCUUCCAUGUCAGCUUAAUAAUCAGGUCUCCAAGGCCAAGACCCGGAUACAGGGAAGUACAAGCAGGAGACAGCACCACGCCACACCAUAACCUGCCCAGCAUUCGCGUUCAGUCACCCAGGCUCAUCGACGAAAAUCCUAGCCUUAGCUUGCCUAAGGUACCUUGGGUGGUGUGCAGCCUGUGCGCCUGCCUCUCUGGUGUCCGCACGCCAGAAAGCCGGGCCCGAUACCUACCCCCCUGUCACCUACCUAAAGUGCCUACCUUACCUUCCAUCGGGUUUCAAGAACAAACCCAUCCCCAUUUAUCCAGCCACCUGCUCGCUCAUUCUUACAUAAUACCGCAACCAGAACAUCCCCCAUCACCGGAUUAGCUCAUCCUCCUCCAUCUCUCACUCGCUUUUCUCACAAAAGGUCACUUAUCUCAAAGAGUCGCCGUAUUAUUUGCUUGAGGAGAUUGUGACUGUUUUUUUGAAUCCUUUUCCUCUCCAUUUUGUCAUACAAGUUCUUAAUUCAGUCAUUGUUGGCCAGCCCUUCAUUGAUUGUUUAAGAGCAGCGCAUGAGCAACUAAGUCAGCGUCUAUAUUCAGAGAGAAGCCUCCCCAGAUCCCGUUGGCUUCAUCACCACAGUGCUAGCAGCACUCCUGCGUCUCUUCAGCCUUUCUGCUUAUAGCCCAAUCUUUGUAUAAAUCACAAAGAGACGCUGCUGCCCUUGUCAGCGGCAAAGCAAAGCUGCUUGAAUCGUUGUGUACGAGCUUGCUCCUGAUUAGUUUUCCUACCACCCUCUGUCAUGGCCUCUACUACCUGUAGCUAAACUGGCUUUGAAGAGGACCAUUCAUAAUCCUCUCCCACGACCCUGUGCUGCUGCUCAUUGUACCCGGGUGUGUUGCUAGGCGCACCGUGUUUGUCCUAUGGGUUGGCAUUCGAGUCAUUUCACCUUGUUCUCCUCAUUUCUAUAUCUUAUUGGGUUGCUGGAUUACCAACGCUUGGCGGCGCUUCACCAGAAAAUGCCCAAAAACUCUCGGCAAAACACUAACACAAUUUUGAGUUGCAGAGCCUGUCGAGCGAGACCAUUUUCCUGCAUCAACUGAAGAGGCCUCUGCAGCUCUGCCUGUUGCAAACGGUGCUCCGCAGGAUUCAGCUGCAGUGACGCACCAGGCAUCACAUGGAUACAACCAGUACCCUGUGUUAGCACCUCACGCACAGAAUAACGGUACAGAGUCGCGAAUUCAUCCUGAGCUGCGGUCCCCCUCAGGCUACCUUCAAGCUGCAGAUAUGAUGGCUUCUGUUGUUCCCGCGCCACCAACUGGUGGCCCAUCGGGCACAGUACCGAAUGCACAGCAUCAGCCGCAUUCUGCCGCAGGGGCACAACUACUACCUGGCCCUCCUCCGGAUAUGGGAGAUCACACGGGUGACGCGAGGAAGUCAAAUAAACGCGAAUUGUCCCAAUCCAAGCGCGCUGCACAGAAUCGGGCUGCACAGAGAGCGUUCCGUCAGCGCAAAGAAGGCUACAUCAAAAAGUUAGAGCAACAGGUGCAAGAGCACGAGGGCUUCGAGGCGACCCUCAGGUCAUUGCAAGAACAAAACUACCUCUUGAGGGGCUAUGUUGUACAACUACAAACCCAUCUUAUGACGACACAAGGCGACUAUCCCCCGCCUCCACCAGGACUCACCUUGGAACAACAUUCCCAAGAAGGCCCAGCACCGGCCCACAAUGCGGCCCCACCACCUCCGAGCUUGCCUGCAGCCGCUCCGCCCGCCCCCAUGAUGUCUCCCAACCCGCAAGAGGCAGCCCCGCCCAGCGAACAGCUUCCAGGGGCAGGUACGGCUCUGGAACAGGUGGCACAGGCCGUUGCCAACCUAGGACGGACUGAAGAGAAUCCCACGGAGUCAACACCUGCAUACAUCAAGCCUCCACCCGCCGAUGACGACGCACGAACUGCCGAGGAACUGUCGCGCCAAUUACACGGAGAGGCGGUGCCUACAGCCAGCAUGUAAAAAUGGUGUACGUGUACAAUCGAUUUGUAUUGCUCGUGGGUGUGUGCCAUUUUCACAGGUUCAUGACUGUUACAUGUCGACCUCAAUAUAAGAUCGGCGACAUUACAGCACGUCACUAAAUGAUGGAAGGCGUUUUAAAGGAUAAUGUGUUGGCGGCAAGGGCGUUUUAACAUUCAUAGUAUACAUGAAAUAUUCUAGUUUUGGCUGUCGCAUCUUUUGCGCCCCAAUCUUCUCGUUAUCAUUAUUUAGCAGCACCCAAAUAACCUGGAGAAUGCGAGAGGUCUCUCCAUGUGAUUGGGCGCAAUUUCAAGAGAAGGCGUUGCCCAUGUCGUGCUCCUAAAGCACGAGCAUAAGUCAGUUAGCUGUUUGGAGCCCAAAAUUAAAAUAGGGGGAGUAGAUAGAUGGUCUUCUUACCUUGAUGUACUCGGGUCCGCGCUCUUGAUACUCUUCCUUUGUGAUAGCCGCAGACUUCCAAGCG